AUAUCGAGGUCGUCGCGUUUAAGUGGCGGAGGAACAGCGGAGCCGGCGGCUGCUGCUGAAGCCCCUUCAGUGGUCAGAUGAGUGGUCGUCUUCAGCGGGGACAAACAACGAGGAAGAGCACGUUUCACCCCGUGUGUCACAAAAUGGAGGAAGAGCACAGUGAGCAGAUGAAGCCUCUGCUCACAUCUGGGAACGAUGAGGAGGCCGUGUUGGAUCAGGGGAAAACCAGCUCCACCCUCAACACCAACUUUGAGAGGGAGGAACUCGAGAGCCACAGGGCGGUGUACGUCGGCGUCCACGUCCCUCUGGGACGAGAGGGACGGAGACGUCACCGUCACCGAGGACACCGACAUCACCGAAAGAGACGGGAUCGCUCCGAUCGGGCCGACGGACAGGACUCGCCCACAAACGACACGCCGUCUCAGCGAGUCCAGUUCAUCCUCGGUAUGGAAGACGACGACGAGGAGCACAUUCCGCACGACCUGUUCACCGAGCUGGACGAGCUGGCCUUCAGAAAUGGAGAUCUGCAGGAGUGGAAGGAGACGGCCAGGUGGCUGAAGUUCGAGGAGGACGUGGAGGACGGCGGCGAGCGCUGGAGUAAACCGUACGUGGCCACGCUGUCUCUGCACAGUCUGUUUGAGCUGCGCUCCUGCAUCCUCAACGGCACCGUGCUGCUCGACAUGAGAGCCAACACCAUCGAGGAGAUCGCAGACAUGGUGAUUGACAGCAUGCUGGCAUCAGGUCAGCUGGAGGUCAGCGUGCAGGAGAAGGUGAGGGAGGCCAUGUUGAGGCGUCACCACCACCAGAACGAGAAGAAGCUGAGCAACCGCAUCCCGCUGGUGCGAUCCAUCGCCGACAUGGGCAAGAAACAAUCGGACCCUCACCUGCUGGAGCGUAACGGCGAGGAUUGCGCCCCCUCCUCCCGUCUCUCUGUCCUGCGUCGCUCCUCCGUGGCCGUGUGCGGCGCAUACUCCCCUUCCGUGUCGCCUCACCAGUCCAGCGGGCUCGGACGCUUCCUCUCCGAGCCCUCUGAUCCCGUCCUCCGCCACUCACUCCACGUUCCUCCUCCCCCCCCGGUUUGCCUGAGGCGAGGUUCAGCUCCGGAGGCACUGCAGUGUAGAAUCCCUGAGGAUGUGAAGGAGGAGGAGGAGGAGGAAGAGGAGGAGGUAAUGAGAAUGAAGGAUGAAGAGGACCUUGAGUUUCCUGACACUUUAACAGGUCUGCUCGUGUCCCCUCAGUCGGCUCCUGGAAACCUCGACAACAAAAUCGCCGAGAGCCGCUUCAACAGCAACAGCCGAGAAAACAGCACAGUGGGCUUCACCAAGGUGGACAUGAACUUCAUGAAGAAGAUUCCUCCUGGAGCCGAGGCCUCCAACGUCCUGGUGGGUGAAGUGGACUUCCUGGAGCAACCGAUCAUCGCCUUCGUCCGUUUGUCUCCCGCUGUGCUGCUGACGGGCCUCACUGAGGUUCCAGUGCCCACCAGGUUUCUCUUCCUGCUGCUUGGCCCAUUUGGAAAAGGUCCACAGUACCACGAGAUCGGACGCUCCAUCGCCACGCUGAUGACGGACGAGAUUUUCCACGAUGUCGCCUACAAAGCGAAGGACAGGAACGACCUCCUGUCAGGGAUCGAUGAGUUCCUAGAUCAGGUGACCGUGCUGCCUCCAGGCGAAUGGGAUCCCAGCAUCCGCAUCGAGCCACCAAAAAGUGUCCCGUCUCAGGAGAAGAGGAAGAUGCCCUCUGUCCCUAAUGGCUCUGCCAACGGCACUGGCACAGGGAAGGAGGCGGAGCAUCAAACCGGACCGGAGCUGCAGAGGACGGGGAGGAUUUUCGGUGGUUUGGUGAACGACGUCCGGAGGAAAGUGCCAUUCCUGUGGAGCGACGUCAGAGACUCCUUUAACCUGCAGUGUUUGGCGUCCGUGCUCUUCCUCUACUGCGCCUGCAUGUCGCCCGUCAUCACGUUCGGAGGUUUGCUGGGAGAGGCCACCAAAGGAAACAUCAGCGCCAUAGAGUCUCUGUUGGGGGCGUCGAUGACGGGCGUGGCCUAUUCUCUGUUUGCCGGACAGCCACUCACCAUCCUCGGCAGCACCGGUCCAGUUCUGGUCUUUGAGAAGAUCCUCUUCAAGUUCUGCAGAGACUACGGUCUGUCCUACCUGUCUCUGAGGACGAGUAUUGGACUGUGGACGGCGUUCCUGUGCCUCGUGCUGGUGGCCACAGACGCCAGCUCUCUGGUGUGUUACAUCACUCGCUUCACAGAGGAAGCGUUCGCCGCGCUCAUCUGCAUCAUCUUCAUCUACGAAGCUCUGGAGAAGCUGUUCCACCUCGGGGAGCUUUACCCCGUCAACAUGGACAACCACCUGGACAACCUCACUUUCUACGGGUGUCACUGUUCUUCACCUGCCAAUGCCUCAGAGGAAGUCCUGCACAUCUGGAGCAACAACAAUGUAACAGCAGAAAGUGUCCAGUGGGAGGAGCUGAGUGUGGAGGAUUGUACGCGUUUCCGUGGCGUCUUUGUGGGCUCGGCCUGCAGCCACGACGGUCCCUACGUCCCCGACGUCCUCUUCUGGUCCGUCAUCCUCUUCUUCACCACGUUCUUCCUCUCGGCUUUCCUCAAACAGUUCAAGACCAAGAGAUACUUCCCCACCAAGGUUCGUUCGACCAUCAGCGACUUUGCCGUCUUCCUGACCAUCAUGAUCAUGGUGCUGCUGGAUUAUCUGGUCGGAGUUCCUUCACCCAAACUCAACGUGCCCGACCGCUUCGAGCCGACGUCGAACAGUCGUGGUUGGCUCAUCUCACCGCUGGGCUCUAACCCCUGGUGGACACUGCUCGCUGCCGCCGUCCCCGCUCUCCUCUGCACCAUCCUCAUCUUCAUGGACCAGCAGAUCACCGCCGUCAUCGUCAACAGGAAGGAGAACAAGCUGAAGAAAGGCUGUGGCUACCACCUGGACCUGCUGGUGGUGGCGGUGAUGCUGGGCGUGUGCUCCAUCAUGGGCCUGCCGUGGUUCGUGGCGGCGACCGUUCUCUCCAUCUCGCACGUCAACAGUCUGAAGCUGGAGUCGGAGUGUGCGGCGCCCGGCGAGCAGCCAAAGUUCCUGGGCAUCCGAGAGCAGAGAGUCACCGGCUUCAUGAUCUUUGUCCUGAUGGGCUGCUCCGUCUUCAUGACCUCUGCCCUCAAGUUCAUCCCGAUGCCUGUCCUGUACGGAGUCUUCCUUUACAUGGGCGUGUCCUCGCUGAAAGGCAUCCAGCUCUUUGACCGGAUCAAACUGUUCGGGAUGCCGGCCAAACACCAGCCGGACCUCAUCUACCUGCGCUACGUCCCUCUGUGGAAGGUCCACGUCUUCACCAUGGUGCAGUUGUCCUGCCUCAUCGUCCUCUGGGUCAUCAAAGCGUCGGCCGCCGCCGUCAUCUUCCCCAUGAUGGUUCUGGCUCUGGUCUUCAUCAGGAAGCUUCUGGACUUCUGCUUCACCAAGAGAGAGCUGAGCUGGCUGGACGACCUGAUACCAGAGAGCAAGAAGAAGAAGGACGACGACAAGAAGAAGAAGGAGAAGGAGAAUGCUCAGCAGAUGCUGGAGGAAGCGGACGAUGGUCCGCUGUACAGCGGCGGCGACGUCGUCAAGUUCCCGAUCAAAAGCCUCAAAGGACGCUUGGACCCGUCUGUGGUGAAUAUCUCGGACGAAAUGGCGAAAAGCGGGAUCUGGAAAUCCGUCACCAUGAAGUCUGACGGCAGCAAAGCUCUGAAACGCUGUCACAGCAUGGAGAAGCUGCCGAGCAUCCAGAUUAACUUGGAAAACGAAGACGGACACAGCGUCGUGGACUCGGAGACGUUGCUGUGAUCCGCCGUCCUCUCUGAACUGAGGUGAAAGGUCACUGGAGGACCAAUCAGGCUCCACUUCACUUUUGAGACACUGCGUUUUCCUGCGACAAAGGUGAACGUUUUAUUUUUCUCAUCGUUUUAUGAUGAAUCACAGAGACUCCGCCCUCCGGCGAGUGAACACGGCUGCUGGUGGUUUCUUUGGUUCUGGUCUCUGCUGCGCUGUGAUUGGCUGCUGAAGCACAGGCGUCCAAUGAUCUGAGGGAAUCCUGAUGUUUAAUUUCUCAUUUAAAAUUUAAAGUUUUUACUCUGAUUGUGAUUUGUCUUUUAUUUGUGUGUGUGUGUGUGUGUGUGUGUGCGUGUGCGUGUCACCUUGUUGCUACGGUGAUUGGUUGAAUGAUGUCACAGUCGUCAUCGAAGCUUAAAUAAAAUCAACUUGGUGAUGA